CCGUUCGACUGUCCGCGUGCAGCGGGAUUCUGUCUGUCUCUCUCACACACAUACCUGUCGCUCGACGUCGCCUGCGUGGAUUCAGCUGAGAAAUAUCAUCGGGGAAGCGUUCGCAGGCGCCCCCUCCUCGAUCCCUGCCUCCCCCCUCCGAGCGCCGGAGGACAGCCCUGGUUCUACACCGGGGUAACUGGCAAGGUCGACAACGAUGACGAUACUUCUGCGCCUCGCUCUCGCGCUGCUCUCUGUGGCCGCAGCCUGCAGCGCCACCCGGUGUCCGCAGCGAUGCCUGUGCGUCGCUCCGAACCACGUCGUCUGCACGGCGUUGUCGCUGACGGAGAUACCGGCCGACACGCCCCCGACGACCGAACAACUGGAUCUCAACGGCAACCUGAUCACGCGCCUGCGCACGGACGCGUUCGCCAAUCUGCCCAACCUGAAGUCUAUCAACCUGCAGAACAACCGGAUAUCCGUCAUCGAGCCGUACGCCUUUCGCGGCCUGCGCGACAUUGAGAGUCUGCACCUGCAACAGAAUCCGCUGACGUCACUCGCCGCGCAUGCGCUCGGCGGCAUACGCAACGCGGGCUUCAUCGACCUCGGCCACAACGCCAUCGCCAGCGUCGAAGCGUACGCGUUCGCAGCGACAUCUAACGUCGACACCAUCUCGCUGUCGUACAACCCGCUGACGACGCUGCGCGCGCACGCGUUCGAUGGUCUGCAUCACGUGACGCAGCUGACGCUCGCCGGCACGUCUCUGCAGACGAUCGAGCCGGACGCCUUCCACAACCUGUCGCGCGUCGGUGAGCUCCUUAUCAUGCGCGCGCCGCUAAAACGUAUCCCCUCUUUUGCGUUUCGCGGCCUGCGUGAAGUAGGCGUGCUGCGCAUCAGCGGUGCGCGCGUGGAGACCAUCGAGGCGGGCGCGUUCGCCGGAGCCGAAGACAUCGGCCGCAUCGACAUCGCCAACGUUGGCAUCAGCGACAUCGCCCCCGGCGCGUUCGACGGGGUACGAAACGUCGGCGAUCUCAACCUGGCCGAUAAUGAUCUCGUUACACUCCGACAGGGGGCGCUCGAUGGUCUGAACGGCGAAGUGAAGCGGCUGCACUUCGGCAGCACGCGCUUCGUCUGCGAUUGCCGCAUGCGCUGGCUACUCGCCUACAACGCCUCCGCUCGCCUCGACCCCGAUCACCUCGCGCAAGUCACGUGCUCGCUGCCCGAGCAGUACCGAGGUCAGCCGAUCGCUCACGUCGACUUCCGAGCGCAGAGCUGCCCGCCGGUAGAUGUCCCGCCGGUCGAGAAUAUGCCGUACAUACGUGGCAAGGAGCAUAACGAUGGCAACGCCGGCGUCGCUCGCAGCAUUUCGAGCUUCGCGAUUCUCCUUCUUGUUGGUCUUCAUCUGAUAUUCGAAUGUCUAGUGGCGUUUUAGCACGGACGCCGUUAUAUAAUCAACGCCGUAGUUUAGUUAGCAAUCAGUAAACAUAUGCAAUCAAUAAGCAUUAGGUAUCAACAGGAGGCGAAUAAUGACAAAUUAUGAAAUGACAAAUUGAAAAAAACCAAUUGAAAAAACCAAUCACAAAUUAAAAAAAAAACAAAUUAAAAAAACAAAUGACAAAUUAAUUCUGUCAUUAUUUACCCCCUAGUAUUAAUAAGGUAUCUAGGUAGGCAUUAUAUAGAUAUAUAGCCGAUGUCUGCUGGCGUAGUGUCCAUCUACAGCAGAGAAUAGGCGCUAAUGCACGAACCGCACCUUUUAUCGCAGCGUUCGAUCUGAUAUUUAUCUUAUAUCUUUGAUCACGGAUUUUUAGCUCUGACCUAGCUGAUAUCGAUCAAUGUGAUUCACAUGACGAGCAUAUCUCACGCCUAACCGAUGAAUCGGCGCUAAUUCGCACUAGAUGGCGCUGUGAUCGUUAUGGCGUUGUAUAUCAUAAUCUUUCUCGGCAUUUACUUGACGCGAUGCUGCGUGAUGAUUGCCAUCGAAGUUUUCGUUCUUUCCUAUCUCUUUUCAAGUGACCUAACUACUGUAUCUAAAUCGCGCCAUACUAUGUCUUAGCGUGAGCUAAUGAUUUGACGAAACCCGGUGCAAAUAGCGGGAGGGGCCGCAACGCCUAUCGAUAAUCUAUCGCGGCUCUUAACACGGCCUUAGAGGGACUGUGUCGAAUCGCCAACUUCCUACAGAGAACAAGAAUGCAGCAGCAGUGAGCCGCAGCGACCUGGUAGCACGCCGUCUAUACAUCGUAGAUGACGACACUGACGAUAGUAAUAGCGGGCAGCGAGGCGAUGAAGACAAUGAGGCGGGCAGCAUGGUGAAAGUCUGAUAAAUUGUUGCAUGAUCACAAUAACAUAAUAUACGCGUAGAGUGACAAUGUAGAGGAAUAGUGCAGCAUAGAUAGAUGAGCACAUUUUCGCACGCGCUGCCCGUCCAUCCAACUCCAGUCUUCACAAAACCGUGAAGGAUUCUUCACACCGCCCAUCCCCUAUAUAGCCCACCUUACUCAAACCAAGCCCUUACCCAAUAAAACCCCCCACUUACCCAUCCUGACGCAACUCCACCCACCACACUUCCCUCUACCCACGCGCAGGUCCAUACCUAGCCAACCCCAGCUAACCUGAUUCAACCCCUACCCCAUUCAUACUCUACCAAAUAUAACUGCAUCCAACCCAACCAUGCUAAAUGCAUCUCAGUGACUCGCAAAAGAGCUUCGCUUCAUUCACGAUCUGUUUCCCUCAGUGAACUAAUUUUGUUCGUCGUCGCUUUUUUGUGUACAUAAAUGCUGCAAAAUGUGUCUAUUUAUAGAUUUUUGUCCAACAUUUUGUGUGAAAGCAUCGUGAUCCGCUUUGCUCAGGUUUUUCUUAUUUACGACCGGUCUUUUCAAAUUUUUAUAACGAUCGCGUGUAAAAAUGCGAUUUUGUUUUUGCCGAUUUUUAACACGAAUAAAUGGUUGUCGCUCGUGAUGUU